UCGACGUGUGACAGAGGUACGCCAAUACCUGCGCCAUGAAGCAUAGCCAAUGGAUUACCCUCCUGUAUGGUGUAUCUAUCACAUACAGCCUGUGUGUAGGUGCACCUGACAAUGCCGGCACUGAGUUCAUUUUAGGAUUCACCGAAAUGACAGGCAAUACCCAAGAUGUUGUGCUGUACAUAACAACAGUAAAGUCUAGUACUAUUAGCGUCCGGGUCAAUGCACCAAAGUACUCACCUGCAGUGAUCAGCGAGACUUCAUUCAAUGUAACUUCUACUGAAACCAAAAUCAUUAGAAUAUCAGGAGAUAUACGAACGUCAGGAACAAAACAAGAAAGCAAAGGUGUCCAUAUAACAGCAAAUGAUGAAAUUAAUGUUUUUGGUUUCGAUUUUGAGAUGGAAUCGGGCGAUUUUUUUCUAGCACAUCCUAUUGAUGUUUUGAGCUCAGGAUACAUUGUUAAUGCAUUACCUCAAAGCCAGGUAUUUUUCGUUGUGUUGCACAAUGAAACGGCCGUUGUCAUAACUUUGGGUACUGCGUUAGCAAAACACGCUGUAACCUACGAAGGAGUGGAUAUCCAUUCGGGUGAAACAAUAGAAUUGAUGCUUCACCGAUUUGAUACUUUCCAUUUAACCAGUCGGGGAGAUCUCAGUGGAACCCUGAUUACAGCAGAUAAAGCUAUUGCCAUGUUCAACGGAAAAGCUAACACAGCUCAAAAUUCUGGAGAUGUCGCUGGCCAUAUGAUAGAGCAAGUACCUGCUAUCCAGUCACUAGGUAAAAUCUUCAUCGCAUCUCCAAUUCCCGACUAUGCUGACGACAAUUUGUUAAAAUUUGUUGCGAGUGCUGACAAAACAUUUGUUAAAAUAAACUGUACAGAUGGCUGGGAACGCUCUUUCGUUUUAACGUUUGCGGGUGAUGUGACUACUCGUGACCUUAUUACGCCCGACUAUUGUACAAUAGAAGCGGAUAAGCACAUUCUUCUGACUCAACUUUGUAGGAGCAACACGGAUAACACAAAAUUCAGUAUGAUCAUUAUAACCCCUAUUGAACAAUAUGCCGCAGAUUAUACAUUCACCACCCCUAGUGACAGCCUAUAUAACAACAUGUUGAUGGUCAUUGUACCGGUAACAGAAGUAAAUGGACUACUAUUGGACGGGGAUGCAUUUUCGACCGGGGAUAUAAUUUCGACCCAGAUUGUUCAAUCCCACUACGCGAUAAGACAUAUCCCUGUUUCUGAAGGUGCCCACACCGUGCGACACAUCUCCCCCAUUGUCACGUUCGGUGCUUACAUAUACGGAACAGCACCCAGACAGUUCUAUGUGACAGCCGCCGGUAAACGAUUUGCUCCGAUCAAUACGCCGUGCAACGUAAACCUAGCAGUCAUAAUUCCGGGUGAUGGACUUGAUAACGACUGUGAUGGACGUAUUGACGAGGAACUCUGUGUGGAAUCAUACUCUAGAGACCAGAUCGACGAUGAUGAUGGAGACGGUUUAUCAAACGAAGAUUGUGCAAAACUCGCAGCAAUCGACGGUAGCUGGAGUGAUUGGAGCGAUUACGAUACUUGCUCGGUGACCUGUACGAAACCUGGUAUUCCAAACAAUGGCACACAAACACGGAAACGUGCCUGUACUAAUCCGGAACCUUCCAAUGACGGGAUGCCAUGCAGAGGACCAGGCUCACAGUACCGCUUCUGUAACUCAACUACUAAUUGUCCAAAAAAUUUCAACUAUGUUAUCGGAUAUAUGGGAACUGGUGACAAUGCCUCACACCUAUUGGUUGUUGUGAACCUUGGAGACGAUGUUGCAAGAAUAAAUGUUACAUCGAAGUCUGGAAGUAUGAUAACUGACCUUAAUACUACGGACACAUACGAUGUAACAUUUGAUCACGAAUUCACAGUGAAAGAAUCAGCGCUUAGUUCCAAGGCCAUUAGAAUAGAGUCUGAUAACCAUAUCCAGGUGUAUGGUUUCAACAGCAAGCCAACAACAUCAUGCAAGGCAGGAUUCAUUGCGAGAAACAACGCCACGAUCGGUAAAAUGUAUUAUGCACUAACACCAAAUGCUUUAAUUGGCCAAUCUACAAAUCCACAGGUUCUGAUUGUUGGUGUACAUUCCAACACAUUUGUAAGCGUACAAAUAAAUGUUCAAAAUGGACGUGAAAAUGGUGUCUAUAUAGAACAAGUCUUUUAUGGUAAUGGCGAUGAGUUUAACAUCUCCAUGAACGAAUUUCAAACUUUACAAAUUCAAAGUGAAAGCGGAGAUUUCACCGGAAUGAGGAUUAAAUCAUCGAAACCAAUCAGUGUAUUCAGCGGAAAUAAAUAUGUUGGUAGUUCACGGGAUUCUCAUUUGGUGGACCAAUUACCGCCUGUUAGUGACUGGGGUACAAAAUUUGUAUCCAUAUCCCCGAAUUAUGCAAUGUACAAGUGCAAGGUAGUCGCGUUGCAGCCUUCUACUAUUGUGCAAUAUACAUGUUCUUCUGGUUCUUUCAGUCCUAUAUCACUUAAUGCGGAAGGGGAACACGCCAGCAUACAAUUUGAUAGCGAAACUUGCACAUUUGUUUCAAAUAAUCCCGUUAUGAUUGCUAUGACAACGAAUAGGAUUGAUGGAAACCCGUCAUUGGUUAUGUUGCAACCGCUGGAAAUCGUCAGUGGUAACCUGGUGUUUUACAUACCAACAUUAGUAGAAGCGGAGUUAGUAAUUGCAAUAGAAACUAAACAUUUUGGAAAUAUUACCGUUGAUUGUGAAAGUAUAAAUGAGAAUGUGCUAGUCGCGGAUGGUAUGACUUCCGGUCGUAAAUCAUUAGAUAGUGGAAUCCACGUCGUCCGGACCAAUGGCAGAUCUGUUCUCUUGUCCGGCUAUGUCCAUGGAUGGGUCAACCAUUUUACAUUCAGCUACCCAUUGAUUGUUAGCAGCACGCUGGUAGAUGACACGGACAGUUUACUAGGAACCUGUGAUGAGGGAACCUUCAGAAAUGCAAACCGUUUCAUCUACGGCAGUGUUGACCACAUCUACGGGACUUUUUCUUCAAAGCUCAAUCACUUUGCCUGACGCCACUCAGUAUGCAGAAAUAAUG